GUUUCCUGGUUAAAAUGGCUUCCUUAUAUAUAAUGCACCGUUGCUUGACUUCGUUUAGUCACAGUAAAGCGGUCGGAUUAUUUGUAACGUAACGUUGAAAUAAAGCAUUGGUAGAAGAUGCUCACCCAAGUUUUCAUCAAGUUGCUACUUUCGGCUUACAUCAGCUUAAUCGCCUUACAGCAGACAAAUGCUGCGAACAUUUUAGCGAUAUUUCCCUUUCCAGGACCUUCGCAGUACAUUUGUGUGCAAGCGUAUUUGAAAGCUUUAGCGGCGCGCGGCCAUGAAGUCACCGUAAUUUCAGCAUUUCCACAGAAAAAACCAUUACAAAAUUUUCGCGACAUAUCGUUAGCGGAAAUACUAGAUGGCUACGAAGAAACUAUCGUGGAUGUAAUUACAGAGGAGCGCAAUAAAUGGCAAGAAUUAAAUCUUUAUUAUGACUUCUUUACUGGUGGCACUUUGUCGGUACUGAAAAGCCCAAAAGUUCAAGAAUUAUUGCAUUCUAAUGAGCAUUUCGAUCUCAUAAUUGUGGAGGCUUUACAAAUGGAUGCGAUUUAUGCCUUGGCUCAUCAUUACAAUGCCUUACUUAUUGGCGUAUCUACAUUCGGUACAGAUCCGACAAUCGACGAAUUAGUUGGUAAUACUUCACCCAUAUCGUAUGUGCCGUUACCGCUCUCACAGCUGAGCGAUCGCAUGAAUUUCUGGCAGCGUUUACAAAACUUGUGGCACCAUUUGUUGCACCAAAUGCACAUGCAUCUUUUUUACUUGCCCAACCAAGCUGCCAUUUACAAGCAAUACUUUCCCAAUUCCACUGCCGAUAUAUAUGCGGUACGCAAGAACUUCUCAUUAGUGCUCUUGAAUCAACAUUUUGCCAUCAGCUUUCCGCGUCCAUAUGUACCGAAUGCAAUCGAAGUUGCCGGUAUGCAUAUAAGCCAACGUGCUGGCAAAUUACCUACCGACAUAGAAAACUUCAUCAAAGACGCUAAGCAAGGCGCUAUCUACUUCUCUUUGGGCUCGAAUGUGAAGAGUAAAAAUCUGUCGAAAGAUAGACUUGAGACAAUUAUGCGAGUUUUUGCUUCGCUACCAUACAACAUACUUUGGAAAUUCGAAGCUAUCGAGCUACCAAACAAACCGCCAAAUGUAUAUAUUAACAAAUGGUUUGCCCAAUCCGAUGUACUGGCGCAGCCCAAUGUGAAAUUAUUCAUAUCUCACGCUGGUUUGCUCAGCACAACGGAAGCGAUUCAUUAUGCCAAGCCAUUGGUUGGCAUGCCCGUAUUCUUCGAUCAAUUUCUCAAUAUGGAGCGUAUUAAACGUGCCGGUAUUGGCGUUUUCGUUGAUUACAAAUCCUUCACUUAUGAUGAGUUGCGUAGUGCCAUCGUUGAAGUCAUGGAAAAUCCAAAAUAUACGCAAACGAUCCAACAAAUGUCGCGGCGUUACCAUGAUCAGCCAAUGAAGCCGUUGGACAAAGCAAUUUUUUGGACGGAGUACGUGUUACGUCAUGGGGGUGCGCCGCAUAUGCGCGUUACCGCCCAAGAAUUGAAUUUUAUACAGUACCAUAGUUUGGAUACAUUAUUGGUAUUGCUUGGUGGCGUGAUCUUGGUUUCAUUAAUGCCUUCAUGGUUUGUAUAUAGAAAUGUGAAGCGAUUGCUUUUGGGAGACCAUGGAAAGAUAAAGCUAAAGCACAACUGAAAUUUAAAAUGUAAAUAAAACUUAAAAAUAUAAACUCACUUUAUAUUUUAGAGUGAAAAUUUUAAAA